UCACCUGACGCAAGUAAACAAAUCGCUGUCAAAGGUGUUGCAGAGGUGGAGGUGGCGACGGGAGGGACAAGAAAUACGCGUGUGCACGUUUGUUUUCGCUUUGGGACAACGUGUUCUACUCAGUCCAAGUAUUAGCUGAGCCUCGAGUCUGCGAGGGGAUAGUCUAGGAGUGCCAAGAGGGACGAGCACAAAAUGAGCAAUAACCACAGAAGACAAAACAGCCGUGGCCGAUCGACAGUCUUAAAGGUUGUGAUCCUAGGUGAUGGAGGCGUUGGAAAGUCCUGCCUCAUGAAUCGCUUCGUCACCGACCGAUUCGACGAGCACUCCUUCCAUACCAUCGGCGUGGAAUUUCUCAACAAGGAAAUUGAAUUGUCGGGCGAAACCUACACACUGCAGAUUUGGGACACGGCAGGCCAGGAGAGAUUCAAGAGCCUGCGCACCCCAUUCUACCGUGGCUCAGACAUGUGUUUGCUCACGUUCGCAAUAGAUGACCAUUCAAGUUUCAAGAACCUGGAGACAUGGAGGAAGGAGUUUGUGUACUAUGCCGACGUGAAAGCCGAUUUUCCUUUUCUUGUGGUUGGGAACAAGGUGGAUCUUGAACGCAAGGUUACUACAGAAGAAGCAGAAGCCUGGUGUAAGGAAAAUGGAGAUCUUCCAUAUAUUGAAACCUCAGCAAAAGAUGCAACAAAUGUAGAAACUGCCUUUAUGAUGUGCUUAAGACGAUGGGCUAACAUAGAUGGCCGGCAGGAGAGAAUGCCAAUGCCAGAUACAGUUCAGCUAGAUGGAGAUGGCACUCAUCAUCGUCUGUGUGCAUGUUCAUCUUAAGCUAGAGGUUAAGAGUACAAGGUAUGAAAGCUUUGGAAGAUCAAGAGAGAAGCGUAAUGUAAGGAGUGUAUUUUUCUUUUCCUUUUUUUUUUUUUUUUUUUUUAAUAUUCCUCUCAUUGUUGUUGCAGCUGUCAGCAAAAUUGUAAUCUAAGUCAUAAGGUCUUGAUAAAUGUUUGUGAUAUUUCUAUUCAUUAACAAUUGAUUGCCAAAGUUGUUCUUGGAAUUGUUUGAUUGUUCGAGUAUAAGAUGACAGGGUCAUUAAUGAAUAAGGAUUUUUUAGAUAAGAUACCAUGUGGAUGUGUCACUCAAAUUAUUGUGUCAGAACUUGAUAUUUUUAUAUUUUGAUGCAUUCUUUGCGACUGAUUUUUUGUAGAUUGUGAAUGAAAUUGUGUGGUCAGAGAGUUAAUUUCCAUUGUAUGCUUAUUGUCUGAUGCAUUUUUAUUUAUAGAAAAUGGCUUCACACUUUUAUCUGGCAUCAGUCUCUUACUGGAAAUUGUAAUGUUGGUAGAAUCUUUGCAGGUCUGUUUUGAUGCUAAGGGCCAUACAUUGUAUGAAAUCUAAAGAACUUAUCUGCUUUAAAUUUAUCUUUUAUUGGUAGUAGUUUUAAUCAUCAUGUGCAUUUGUAUGCUAAUGGUUUAUCACAGCAUACUUAGAAAGAAGAGAUACUUAUACCUUUUAUCAGAAUUCGCAAAUUAAUUAUUUUUUAAAGCUCUUCUUUGCGUGUGCUUGUGUGUGCCUGAAAGUUUGCCAGUGCAUGUGUUCGAACAUAAAUGUACAAGUAUGUAUGCAUGUGUAUAUUGAAAUCUGUUUCUUGAUCAGAAUUGUUAUAAUUCUACGCUGAAUAUCAAUUCUCACUAUGUAUGAUGAUUUUUUUUCUCUUUUUCUUUCUUUCUUUCUAUCCCAAAUAUGAAAGCAAAAUUUUAGAUCAACUUUGGUAGCUCAACCAUUGUGGGAUCUAAGAGAUUCACUCUAGUAGGAAAAAUAAUAUUCACUCAUGGGGAUGUAGUUUUAAGAUAUGGUAUGUAAUUUCCUUUGCUUAAAGCCUGUGAUUACUUACCAAACCUUUUUCACAUGAAAUGUGUUUAUGACCAUGUAUUGUUUUUAUGCUUCAUUUCAUUCGAAUUGCUGUAAUUUUUAGAAAACAACAAAAGUAUAAUUUGCAGUUCUUAAUACCAGUGUAAAAAAUGGAUCUCUUAAAAUUCCACAAAGUGAAGAAAUUUCCAAUGUGAUAGAGGAAGGAGACAUCUGAAAGAAUAAUCUCCAUGUGGAUAUAUAUAACCACACAGAAAAUGUAAAUUAGAAUCAUUUUUUAACAAAAAAAUUUUCAUUAGAUUUUUUUUUAUAAUUAUACAUAUAAGAACUAAAGAUUUUCUUUUUCUUUUCUUUUUUUUUCCUCUUUUUUUGGUGGUUGAUGUCAUAUAUGAGGGUCCCCUGGUUGGAAUCAAGUCAUGGUUGGCCCAGAGGAAGGGUCACCUCAGGGAAAUCACCAAGAGAAGCCACAACAAGUAGUAUUGCUUGAGGGCAAUUUGGUCAAUAUGAGCAGCUGUUCAAACCUACCUAACCAAUUUUUUGCUCACCUCUCUACCAAUUCUAUUUUGUAAUUGAUUCAUGCUCAUCCAUUUCGGCUUUCUUUCCCUCUUAGAAUGUGUUUAAUCAGCUUGCAGUGAUAGAAUCCAUGGUCAGAAAAACACCUGAGAAACUGUAUGUCCCUUGAACAUUUUCAGCUUAUUUAGCAGCUGUUCAAACAGAAGGUGCAUUUGAUGUACAUCACUUAAAGUCUUAUUUUCUGGCAGGAAACAAGAGUGAGUCGAGUUAGCUGGUGCAUGAUGUCACUUUGGUAAGAGAUAAUUUGAAUUCAAAUGAUUUACUUAGACAAUCAUAGACUAAGAUCAACAAAACUAUGUUACUAGAUAUAAUCCUUUAUGGUUCUCUGAAAUUAAGAAUGUCCCAGAUAUUUCAGCGCAGGGUGAUUGUACGCAAAAAAUGAGUAAUGUUUAAUUGACUGCAAAGGUAAAGUUAACAUCAGCUCUCUUCCUUUUAUUGCUUAGGAUCUGAAGAACUGAAACAUAUUUAAAAUACAUCAUAAGCAAAUAAAUUCACCCUCACUGCAGCGUGAUAGUUAUGCAUAUUUACUCGACAAAAAAAAAAAAAAAAUUGUGGGAAAACAUGCUGGAGAUAUCAGGAACCAAGUAAUGUCCACUUGCGUCCCUGAAGUUACUUUAGAUUCUUCUUCGUAUGGAAUUUCUGGCAUGAAUAAUGCCUAUUUUUUUCUUUUAGAAUUGAUAGUAGAUCGUUUAAAUAGAUUUAAUUUGAUAUCUUAUUCUCUAAUUUGUAUAGGUCUGUGAUUUUUGUUAAAAGGAAAAUAUAUAUACAUACUAUG